AUGCGACGAAGAAAGAAAGAUCGAGAAUCAAAACAAAGCAAGAUCCAAGAUGAAGUAUUUCUUUUUGUAUCAUGUUUUGAUGGAAGAGCAUUGUAUGAAGAUAUCAUAAGAGUAACAAACGGUUUCGAUGCUAUAUAUUGCAUUGGGAAGGGAGGACAUGGAACAGUCUAUAAAGCAAAUUUGCCUUCAGGUGCUAUCAUAGCUGUGAAGAAAUUCAACCAGCCACUCUAUGCAAGUGAGAAGAGAUUUGACAAGGCAUUAUUGAAUGAGAUAAGGGUAUUAACAGAAGUAAGACAUCGAAAUAUCGUAAAACUUUAUGGUUUCUGUUCCAAUGCACAACAUUCAUUCUUGGUUUGUCAGUAUCUAGAAAAGGGUAGCUUGGCCUUGAUCUUGGGGAAUGAAGAUGCUGCUAAAAUAUUAGACUGGAGUAAGAGAUUGAAAAUUGUUAAACGCGUGGCUUAUGCCUUGUCUUACAUGCACCAUGAUUGCUCACCUCCAAUUAUUUAUCGUGACAUAUCAAGUAGCAACAUCUUGCUGGAUUCUCAAUUUCAGGCUCAUGUUUCAGACUUUGGUACUGCUAAGAUUUUAAAGCCAAACUCAUCCAACUGGACUUCAUUUGCAGGCACUUAUGGUUAUGUUGCACCAGAGCUUGCUUAUACAAUGAAGGUAACUGAGAAGUGUGAUGUAUAUAGCUUUGGGGUGUUGGCAAUUGAAAUCAUCAAGGGAAAACAUCCGGGUGAUUUCAUCUCCUCACUAUUAGCUACAUCAGCAGAGGAAAAAACACAAGUGAAGGAUGUGUGGGACCAACGCCUUCCAUUUCCAACACUUCAAGUUGAAAAUGAACUUAAAACAAUUGUAAAGCUUGCCUUGGAAUGCUUAAAUGUCAACCCACAAUCAAGGCCGACGAUGCACAUGAUUUCUCAAGCGUUAUCAACCAAUAUUGCACAUUCCUAG